AUGAGCUUCCCUGCAGACCGUUUCAACCUGGAGAAACAGGUGACGUUCUACUUGUCGUACCACGACAACAAGGUCAACCAGUACAUCCACUUGGUCUGCAUCUGGCCCAUCUUUGUGUCGGGGCUCGUGCUCCUGGCGCACACGCAGCCGUUGGUCGAGACGCCAUCGUUCUUGGCGGCUCUCCCCUAUGGCCAAUUCAUGCUGCUCAACUACUCGGCCAUCGUCGCUGCUAUCUACAUGGGCUGGUACGUGGCACUGGACAUCCGGGCGGGCACAUUGGCGGCUGGGAUCGUGCUGCUCAGCUACCUGUUUGCCAACUACUUUGUCCUGGAAGGCGCUGAGGCUAUGGGCGUGCACAGCGUACACGUGUGCAUUGCCAUCCAAGCCACCGCGUGGGUCUUGCAGUUUGUCGGCCACGGACUCUUUGAGCGACGCAAACCGGCACUCUUCGCCAGCCUCGACCAGGCCCUCAUCACGGCCCCGAUGUUCGUGUUGCUCGAGAUUUUGUUCCCACUUGGCUACCGCCCUGAGCUUUACCAGCGCGUGUUGAAGCAGGCGAAACUCAACGUCGCGAGCUUCAAGGCGACCAAGACGCUGUGA